AUGGACUUUUUCAGAUUCUGCCUAUGUGCUUCCUUGGCCAUUUCCUGUUUGGUCCAGAUGGCUGCGUCCGUGCCUCUGGUUGUGGAUGUUGACUUUGAUUUCGAUACAGAUUCAUCUCUCAAGAAUAUAGAGGACAUGGGUACACUUGAACCUAAGGACAUUAAAGAUGUAUACGACCUCGCAUUACUUCCGAAUCGUGCUCGCAGAAACAUAGCCCAACUGAUUACGGGAGCUAUCCAAUACAACCCAAGUGCAACCAACAGAUUCCGCCAGUCUCUUCGCCUCAUCCCUAAACAGAACGUCCCUCCUGCAGUCACUGAGUAA